AUGAAGGAAUGGCGAGCAAUGGUACAAGAGCGCAAACUGUGCCUUCGUUUUCUGAAAGCCAAUCAUAUCGCCAGGAACUGCAGGACACCUCAUGGCUGUAAAGUCGAAGGGAUUGGCAAAGAACAUAACACUUUACUGCAGCGAGACGAUAACGAACUAAAUAAUCCGUCAGCUGUUCCCAUUCAUCAUUUAGUCGGACCUGUAGAGGCUCUGGAGUUAGCCCUCGCAGUUGUUCCCAUGAAUACCCGAUAA